UAGACAUGCUUAAACCUGGUUGCAUUUUUAGGACUCAUAGACAGCUGAGAAGUGAGUUCGUUUGUUGAUUUGUUGUAGACUUGUAACCUUAAGACAGUUGUUUCAGCUUGAAAGUUGUUUCAGAUUUCUUAUUAAGUUCGUUUGUUGGUUUGUUGUUGUUUACAGGGCUUUUAUGCUUACUUCUCUCAAAAGACUGGUGGUAGUGGGAAAUCACCAUUAGACAUAUACUUGGAUGAGCCAGUGGUUGUUAUGGAAAGCUUUUCAAGUUUGGAUGCUAUAUCAUAUUGGAAAGAUAAUGCAGGCUGCUUCAAAGAGCUCUCUUCAAUGGCCUGCGACGUGCUGAGCAUCCCUCUCACAACGGUGGCAUCGGAAUCAUCCUUUAGCAUCGGCAGCCGAGUCCUCAACAAGUACCGAAGCUGUCUCCUACCCACAAACGUUCAAGCUCUUAUCUGUGCAAGGAACUGGUUCCGUGGAUUUCAAGAGAUAGGAGAUGAUAUGUCAACAGGAUGAUCAAGUUUCUGUGAAGCUGUGGGAUCAGAUGUCACAAAGAAGCUGUGCUAUCUGUUUGAGUGUUUGUUUCAUG